UAUUAAAGUAUUGGACACGUUUCGACCAAACCAGCGGGAUACUAAAAUAGGAUACUUCGAAAAAAAGAAUUAUUCGUGAUUACUGCCUUUCAUCAUUGCUUCGGUAUAUUUGGGAUCGUACUGAAUUCAUACUUUAGCUUCCGAAACAUAGAUAUAUAUAAUUAGCAAGACGUUGUGAUAUGGAUAGAGUUGCAUUGUCGUUGGUAUUUUUUACAUCACUCUGUAGCUAUGCAUUGGCGGAAGGCGGAAUUCAAGAUGUCAACGAUGGCGAGAAUGUAUAUAGAUCAUGGAGCAUAGCUGUCGGGGUAUUGGUGGUGGUGACUUUCAUUGCAGUGCUCAUCCUGUCUGUGUCUUACUUCCGGGUCGCCAUGAAAGAAAGUCGUUCGAAGCACAAGCUUGCAGCAAUGAGGCGUCAUCGAAUGCUACCUUCUGAGUUCCUUCCCCGUGCUCACCUACCAGCUCGGCACGAAACCCAUCCAGGCCUUCUACCACCAGGCCUUGUCGGCUACGACUACGCCUAUGACCAUCGAGCGACGUCGAUUCCACCACCGAGUUAUCGAAGCGAAAGCCAUAACAGGGCGACGAGGUACGGGUACGGUUCCGGUCCGCCUGCCAUUGACAACGGGUUGCCUCCUCAGAUGAGGGUUGCCGAUAUCGACCCAGUGGGUGACUACAACCACGGGCCCGGAGCGAUGACGGCAAUCGGGUCUGCUCUCUACCACACGAGGCCGAGUGUGACUAGGUCCACGGUGUUGUAUAAUCCGCUGGCUCGAAUGGCAUCCGAGCCGAAAACACAUUUGGUAUAUUUUUGAGCGCAGACCAAGGUGACAAGGAGGAGGGCUGCAUUCCCGGAUAAAUGUUAAAGAUAUAGACCGGUAGUGGUAAACUUGUGGUUCAAGGGUUUAGGGUGCAAAAUAUCCAUUCCAUAUUCGUUUAAAUAUUGCCUUUAGAGGUUUAGAUGGUAAUACUUCAAGCUAUAUUCGCAAAAAAGCAUAAAUAUAUGCCCAAAUGUUCAAUGUUGAAGUGCAUUCACAAUACCUAUCCAGGCCGGAUAUAUAAAUUACUAUAGGCGGUUUCCCGGCAAAAUUUGUAUCAUCACGUAUUAGUCGAAACAUAUUCUUUCACAUAAUUGGUAAUAAGAGCUUCCAUUUCAUGUUUUUUAGAGGAGAGCGUUUCCAAAACUGGUCUAUACCUUUAAACGACGAAUUUUCGGGCAACUGUCACCUACUAAAUUGAAAAACCUCUACCACGUUCAUCUUAUUUGCGGUAGUUGAUUACUAUUUACACAUUAUCUUCUUAUUACCCUUCUUGUGGUUCUUCUUUUGUACAUUGUGUUACUGGGUAUUUUCUAAGGAUACUAUCAAACGCUGUGUAUUUUUCCAACCCUCCUGUUAGAUAUAAUCUGAAUUUAUUCCUUGAAUACUCGAAAAUAUUUUGUCAUGGCCCACUUUGUCUUUUUUUCAUGUAUAAAUUUUGCAACGAGUUUUUGUCAGAUAAUUGUUGUAAACAUACAAAAAAGAGGGGCACAUAACAGAAUAUAAUUAAAUAUAUACUAAAAGUCUUCUGGCAGCACCGUAGUCUCUUUGUAUUUUUCAUUUCUAAUUGUGUAUAUUACACUGUAUUAACAAAAUAAGCUACAGAUAAAUUUAUACGCAUGCCUACCAACAGUGGAUGUUACUAAAUAAAGUGCCAAAUAAUUUGCUCGCUGUUGUGAUAUGCUCAAAUUUGGUAAGAUUCAUGUCAGAAUAUCAAUGUUCGAAGAGGCAACGAAACAUUUGCACACUGCAACUAAAAUAAAGUGACUGAGGAAAUAGCA